GCUAGACUAUUAGCUGUCUAUCGUCACAUGCCACUUACCUUUUGAGUACAUCAUCCUGAGAUCUUGCAUAGCUAGGUACGUACAGAUAGUGUGCCAGUGGUAUCAUAGAAAGAACACAUUGCACUGUACAGCUGCCACAAGCUAGCCUCGAGCCAAAGGGAGUCUAGUCAUGGCUUACCACUGGCAGAGCAGAAACAAGAAGGCCAGUGGUGUGGAGGACAUGGUGCUGCUCGUCAAGAUCCAAGAGUCUGCCAUUGUCGAAAACCUCAAGAAGCGUUUCUUUGACGACCUCAUUUAUACAUACAUUGGCCCUGUGCUCAUCUCAAUCAACCCCUUCAAGCAGAUGCCCUACUUCACUGACAAAGAGGUUGAAAUAUACCAGUGUGCGGCCUCCUACGAGAACCCCCCUCAUGUGUGGGCGUUGACGGACAACAUGUAUCGUAACAUGUUGAUAGAGAAUGAAAAUCAGUGUGUUAUCAUCAGUGGAGAGAGUGGUGCCGGCAAGACUGUAGGUGCAAAGUACAUCAUGCAGUACAUAGCCCGAGUAUCAGGGGGUGGUCCAAGCGUACAGAGAGUGAAGGACGUGAUCCUUGAGUCCAACCCUCUACUGGAGGCAUUCGGGAAUGCCAAAACUGUCAGGAACAACAACUCCAGUAGAUUUGGCAAGUACAUGGAGAUCCAGUUCUCUAGAGGAGGUUUGCCAGAUGGUGGAAAGAUCUCUAACUUCCUACUAGAAAAGUCUCGAGUGGUGGGUCAGAACGAAGGAGAGAGAUGCUUCCAUAUCUUUUACCAACUCAUCUCCGGGGCUGACUCUGAAAUGAGAGAGGGUCUGGGCAUAGCAAAUGUGGACUACUACUGGUACCUGAACCAGAGUGGGACCUACACUGUGGACGGAACUGAUGACAAGAAAGACUUGCAAGACACACUGCAUGCCAUGGAUGUGAUGGAGAUAGAUGGAGACACGCAGACCAACAUCCUACAGAUCAUUGCCGGUAUCCUCCAUCUUGGAAACAUUGCCUUCAGUGAAGACGGCAACUACGCCAUACCCGAGGACGAUGGAUUCCUACAGUUCCCUGCGUACCUGAUGGGGGUAGAGGCGGCACAACUCAAGGACAAGCUGACUGGGCGUGUGGUGGAGGGCAAGUGGGGGACACAGUCUGAGACCAUCCAGAUGAAGCUCAACGUGGAGCAAGCCACCUACACACGUGAUGCACUCUCAAAGGCUCUCUACUCACGUGUCUUUGACUGGCUGGUCCAGUCUGUGAACAAAGCCAUGCAGAAGGACAAGGAUGAGCUGACAAUUGGUGUGCUGGACAUCUACGGCUUUGAGAUUUUCAUGAAAAACGGCUUCGAGCAGUUUUGCAUCAACUUUGUGAACGAGAAGCUACAGCAAAUCUUUAUCGAGCUGACGUUGAAGGCAGAGCAAGAGGAGUACGUACAGGAGGGGAUUAAGUGGACUCCCAUUGACUACUUCAACAACAAGAUCGUUUGUGAUCUCAUAGAGUCAAAGCGCCCCCCUGGUAUCAUGUCUGUACUGGACGACAUCUGCUUCCAAAUGCACGGGCAGUCAGAGGGAGCAGAUGGAAAACUAUUAGAGAAACUGAACGAGGUACAGCUGCCCGGACGAGAGCACUAUGUGGGGUUUGCAGCUGGAUUCACUAUCCAGCAUUACGCUGGCAAGGUGACGUACGAGGCAGAUGGAUUCAGUGAUAAGAACAGAGACGUCCUCUUCAGGGACUGCAUCGAGCUCAUGCAGAGCAGCACCAACACAUUCAUUCGGACUUUAUUCCCUGAUGACAUCAAUGCUGAAAAGAGGGGCAGGCCCACCACAGUCAGCUCAAAGAUCAGGACGCAAGCCAACGACCUAGUGGGCAGACUCAUGAAGUGCACGCCUCAUUACAUCCGCUGCAUCAAACCCAACGAGACCAAGAAGCCUCACGACUGGGAGAACGAGAGAGUUCGUCACCAAGUGGAGUACCUGGGUCUGAAGGAGAACAUCAGAGUAAGGAGAGCCGGCUAUGCGUAUAGGAGAGAGUUUGAAAAGUUCCUCAGAAGGUAUUGCAUCCUGACCCCUGAGACGUACCCUCGUUGGCAUGGCAGCACUACGGACGGCAUCAAGCACCUUAUGGCAGCUGUCAACAUGGAGCCAGAUCAGUGGCAGCUGGGGAGGUCAAAGGUCUUCGUUAAAAGCCCUGAAGCACUGUUUCUGCUUGAGGAGUUAAGAGAGAGGAAGUACGACGGGUUCGCUCGUAUCAUACAGAAGGCGUUUCGGAGGUACAAAUCUGACCAAUACUUUUACCUGCUCAAGAAGAAAGCCUCUGACAUCCUGCUCAACAAGAAAGAGAGGAAGACAUUGACCAUCAAUCGAAACUUUGCCGGGGACUAUCUGGGCUUUGCAGAGAAUCCUUCCCUGAGGGCUCUAGUCGGUAAGAGAGAAAGGAUUGACUUUGCACAGACCGUAACUAAGUACGACAGGAGGUUCAAGACUGCCAAGAGAGAUCUCAUGCUGUCACCUUCAUUCGUCUACUUGAUAGGCAGAGAAAAGAUCAAGGAGAAGGGACCAAUGAAGGGUCAGUUUGUGGAGGUGGUUAAGAGGAAGAUACCUCUGGAGAAUAUAUCCUCAGUAUCACUCAGUCCGUUCCAGGACGACUUUGUGGUGCUCCAUGUGAAGGGAGAGUACGACAGUGUCAUGGAGACAGUGCUCAAGACCGAGUUCCUCACCCUCCUCUCAGAGAAAUACCAGACCAUCACUUCCUCAAAGCUCUCCUUCACUUUCAACAGAAGUCUCCAGUUCCUCGUUAAGAAGGAGGGGUUCGGUGGUGGAGGCUCUCGCAUGUUGCAGUUCCAUCAGGGACAGGGGGACGUCACGUUGCUCAAGCCCUCAGGGAAAACACUACAUGUCACCAUAGGACCAGGACUUCCCAGUAGUACAACUCCGUCCCAUGAACGACCUCCUACCAAGAACACGGGCGGGGGGCGCAGAGGUCCCCCUGCAGGAGGGAGACCAGCACCAGGGGGUGGUCGCCCCCCACCAGGAGGGGGCCGUCCUCCACCGGGAGGGGGUAGACCAGCACCAGGAGGGGGUCGGCCAGCACCGGGAGGAGGUCGUCCAGCACCAGGGGGUGGGAGACCAGCGCCAGGAGGAGGCCGUCCAGCACCAGGAGGAGGGAAGAAGGCAGUCGGAGGCUCAAAAGGACAGCCUCAGCGAAAUAGCAAGGGCAGUUUUACUCGUCGUGGUAACCAGCCAAAGUUGCAUAAGGAGGGUGCAUCCAAGAGAGCGCGAGCCGAGAGUAUCACAGACUACUCCAAACACGAAUUUAUGAAAACUCCCGAGGGAGGAGGUACACGCCCACCUCCCAAGUCUCGGGCCAAGCCCCCCGCUCGUGGACCCAAACCAGCACCUGCUCUGCCCAAGUGUAAGGCAGUAUUUGAUUACGAUGCGACUGACACGGAUGAAUUGUCAUUCAAAGAAGGAGACAUUAUUGACAUCAUCAAAGAAGAUGCUUCGGGCUGGUGGAAGGGCAGAGUACGGGGCAAAGAAGGACUCUUUCCAAAUAACUAUAUCGAGAAAAUUUGAGUCUAUUAGGCAUGUAGUUUUCAUUGUGCUUGGUGACAGGUCUAUAGUUAUGUUCAUUUCUGUUGUUAAUUUGUGCUUGCAUGUGUUCUAGCCUUUAGUUUUGAUAACCUUGUGUGUUCAUCUUGUGUACAUAUGCAUAAUUAUUAGUGACUAUAUAAAAUGUUUUGGAAAUAA